AUGGGGCUAACUCGGGCUGAGUCGAUUGGAUGUGGUUAUGAUAUCUCAUUAGAUCUGAGGCUUAAAUAUGUAAAGGGUGCUUAUAUUGGUACUAAUCCAUAUCGAAUGUGUCGAUUGAUCGAAAUUGACGAGGAUGAAGGUAGAGACAUCAUGCUUCCUGGUGGGAUUCUAGUCCUUAAUGUUCCCAAAUCCAUCAAAUGUGAUAAAGGCGAGCGUACUCGAUUUCAAUCCGGUGUUCUUCCUUUUCAGCAGAUGUCGGAGCAAUUCAACCACGAACUGUCAUUAGCUGGGAUAAUUCCUUCAGGCCUCUUUGAUAGCAUGUUUGGAUUUCGUGGAAAUUGGCAGAAAGAUGCAUUACGUACUAAAACCCUUGCUCUUGAUGGUGUUUUCAUCUCGUUGUACUCCAUUGCAUUAGAAAAGACUCGGGUGCUACUCUGUGAUCAUGUCAAGAACGAUGUUCCAUCAUCAUGGGAGCCCGCUUUGUUAGCAAGGUUUAUUGAAACUUUUGGCACUCAUAUAAUUGUGGGUGUAAAAAUGGGUGGAAAAGAUGUGAUAUAUAUGAAACAGCAGCACGCAUCAUCCCUUGAACCUGCUGAUGUACAGAAAAGGUUAAAUGAAAUGGCAGACAAGAGAUUUUUGGACUCCUAUCAACAGUUAGUCAUUGAUGUUGAACAUAUGUCCCAAAAUGACAAGGAUGUUAUAAGCAUUUGCAAAAGGAGAGGUGGCACUGAUGAUAGGAUCUUAAACCAUAGCGAGUGGUUGCAUAGUAUACGAUCAAAACCAGAUGUGAUCACAAUGUCCUUCAUUCCAAUAACCUCUUUGCUUAAUGAUGUUCUGGGAAGUGGUUACUUGAGUCAUGCCAUAAAUCUCUAUUUAUGCUAUAAACCACCAAUUGAAGAGCUUCGUCAGUUUUUGGAAUUCCAGUUACCUAAACAAUGGGCUCCAGUAUUCAGCCAUCUGUCCCUUGCCUUUGGUCCACAACCACAACGUGACUACCAAAAUACAUUCAGCUUUUCUGGGCCGGAGCUCCACGUCAAUACAAAUCCGGUUGAUGUAGGAAAGAGACCCGUAACUGGCCUCCGGCUUUAUCUGGAAGGUAAAAGAAGCAACUGUUUAGCAAUCCACCUGCAACACCUCUCCUCCCUCCCAGAAAUCUUCCAACUAGAAGACUCCGUAACCGGAAUCGGAAUCUACAAUUCCGAUUCCGAUGACCGCCGAUACUACGAAAAAGUCCAAUGGAAACACUUCUCCUACGUCUGCACCGCCCCGGUUGAAUCCGAAGACGAACAAUCAAUUGUAACCGGGGCCCACUUACACAGGUUUAAAAAAGUCCUAUUCUUACGUCUCCACUUCUCAAAACUUGUCGGUUGCACUGCAACCAAGAUUCCAGAAUGGGACGGGUCACCAGGAUUGGAAUCUCAAACCACGGAGGAGGUGAAUAUAAACUCGGCUAUAUACCCCAGUCGGCCACCGUGUGAAGCGCCGGAACUGUCGGAGUAUGUGGACACGACGGAGAUGACAAGGGGCCCGCAAGAAAGCCCCGGAUAUUGGGUUGUGUCGGGGGCUCGACUUGUCGUGGAUAAGGGAAAGAUUUCACUCCGGGUCAAGUACUCUUUGCUAACUGUCAUCUGUCCUGAUCAUGAUGAUGAUGAUGAUGAUGAUGAUGAAGUCUCGUAUUUCUGAAUAUGGCAGAUUAGGCGAUUUUUGGAUAUGCACGUGUAAUAAAAUGUUUUGUUUUUCGUAAAUAUAUGAAUUUGGUUUUUCCUCAUUUCAUGUGUGAAAAAGCAUAAUAAACCAACUGAUGUGGAUUAAGUUUAAUCUCUACAUGUAAAGGUGAAUUGUAUCAUAACUUAAGCAUACUUAAUGUGAAUGUUAGUAACAUGUAUAUUAAAUAGUUUGCUUGCUAA